UCGAAAAUCCUGAAUAUGGGUCUCGGGCGGCGCCAGUUGACCGUUGUAUCUCAAAGCUGAGUGUUGCUCAUUAUUGCCAAGCUUAAGGCGGAGAAGUGAAACUUUGUGCACAAUGAGAGUUUCAGCACUCUGGACAGCGCUGGUCUUGCUUCUGAUACAAGGCACCGCGCGAGCCUGCACAGUCAAAAAACUGAGCAAUAAUAACGGACGCUUUGCCAAUGCCACCUUGGUACGUCUCUCCGAGUACUUGAGUGCUGGGUACAAGAAGGGUGUGCGACCCGUUCGCAACUGGCGAAAUUGCACAAUGGUGGCCAUCGACCUUAUGGUGUACUCUAUCCUCAGUGUGGAUGAGAAGAACCAGGUUCUGACAACAUAUGUAUGGUACAGGCAGGAAUGGACAGAUGAAUUCUUGGUAUGGAACCCAGAGGACUUUGAUGAUGUGAAUCAAAUGUCCAUACCGACUGCGAAUGUGUGGGUGCCUGACAUACUAAUUAACGAGUUUGUGGAUGUCGGGAAGUCUCCUGACAUUCCCUAUGUGUACGUGACCCAUUAUGGACUGGUGCGCAACUACAAGCCUAUCCAGGUGGUGACUGCCUGCACUCUCAACAUCUACAACUUCCCCUUCGACGUCCAGAACUGCAGCCUGACCUUUCAGAGCUGGCUCCAUACCCUUAAUGACAUCGAUCUCAAGCUGAUGAGGAGCGCAGAGGAACUCAAAGUGGAUAAGAGUGUCUUCAUGAACCAGGGGGAGUGGGAGCUGCUACACGUCCUGUCCAAAUAUAAACGCUUCAGUCUGGACAACAUUGACUCCUAUGCAGAGAUGAAGUUCAAUGUGGUGAUCCGACGCAGACCUCUGUUCUACACUGUGAACCUGCUGCUGCCAAGCAUCUUCCUGAUGGUGAUGGACCUGGUGGGCUUCUACCUCCCUCCAGAUAGUGGAGAGAGGGUGUCCUUCAAGAUCACCCUGCUUCUGGGCUACUCCGUCUUCCUCAUCAUCGUCUCCGACACACUGCCCGCCACCGCCAUCGGCACGCCGCUCAUAGGUGUCUACUUUGUAGUGUGCAUGGCCCUGUUGGUGAUCAGCCUGACAGAGACAGUGUUGAUAGUGCGUCUGGUGCAUAAACAGGAUCUGCAACCCCACGUGCCCCAGUGGCUCAAACACUUGGUGCUGGAGCGGGCCACAGUCCUCCUCUGCAUCCGCAACAAGCACAGCCUGUGCUCAAUGCUGUCCAGGGACUCCGACCACCUGGGCCACUACAAAGAGAACAACAUCAGCCCAGCUCGAUGCAGCCACCACCACCACCUUCACCACACCGGGGACAGCAUGGAGCGGGGUCUGGGUGGCCUGUCUGUGGUGCGUGACAACACGCCGCCCGUCAUGGACAACAUCUUGCAUGAGAUCUCGUCUAUCCGCGGCUUCCUGGAGAAGAGGGACGAGUCCCGGGACAUCGCCAAGGAGUGGCUGCAGGUGGGCUACGUGCUGGAUGUGCUGCUCUUCAGGGUCUACCUGGUGGCCAUGCUGGCCUACAGCAUCACCCUGGGGACCCUCUGGUCCGUGUGGCAGUAUGCCUGAGGGCCUCACAGUGGAGGAGGGCCUGACGGUGGAGGUGGAGGGCCUUACUAUGGAGAAGGGGACAUAGAGGGCUAAAGUGUGCCUGAUACAAAGAGUUUUAUUGAGGUAGAUCUGUUCAGUUGAGCCUCAUGGUGGAGGUAAAGUAGGGGGUAGUUUGAGUCUGAGGUAAUUAUUGGGAGUAGAGAAACGAGGGGGAAGAUAGAUUGGAUGAUGGUAUAGUUUACACUAAUUUCUCUUAGCCAGUUGCCCCUUUCUAACACUGUCUAUUUUACUGCUCUCAGUGUAUUGUUGGGGUCUUGAUUACCUAGGAAAGGCCUAAACAACUAAACAACUGUUGAAAAAGUUCAGAUAUUGAAUCCUUUGUCAGCGUACAGGUGUAUUUUUAUUUGUUUAUUUGGAUCCCCAUUAGUUUUUGCAGACACAGCUACUCUUCCUGGGGUCCACAAA